AUGGUGGUGGAGUCGCUGGCGACGCUGUGCGUGUUGUCGCUGAUCGACCAUCGCGACCUGCUGGGCGACCUCGGCGACAUGGAUCUGUCGCUGCUGCGACCCGUAUUCGAACACUGCACAGCGGAUCAACUGGACCGGAUUGAGAACGAAAACAAGGAUCGUGACUUCACCCCUUUCACAGACGACCUCUGGGAGCGGUGCUACGAACGCAGGUACGGCAUUGAUGGCGUGGAGCAGGUUCAGGACAGAAUGAAGCAAGCCAAAGUACUUUACACGUGGCGCCAGCUGUACCAUGCUCGGCAGCAGGCAGAUGAUCGCACGCAGCAGAAGUGCGUUUCGCGACUGAAAGAGCUCUAUCACCAGGCAGAUGAAGUGAAAAAGCAGCGGCGGCUGCAGGUGCUCGAAAAGCCUCGCCUCUCAGUCACACGCAGGCGAAUGUUCUCCUCAGGGCCCUCCUCUCAAGCAGCAGCCUGGGCGAACAAGGCCGGCAGCUCCAUGCUCAAGAAGGCUCGCCUGGGAUAUGCCAACAGCCAAUUGUUUGAUUUGAUGCUCUCAGAUGCAUUGGUUGUCUUCCUUGUUCCCUCAUCCCACCUGUCACCUCCUCCCCUCCCUCCCCUCCUCCCCUUCUCCCCCCCCCCCUCCCCUUCUCCCCUCCUCCCCCCUGUUUUUUUCCUUGCCGUACUGCAUUCCGGAGCACGCCUAGUGUCAGACAUCAAGAAGAAACCUCUCAACUACUCCCCCCCCCGCUCUUACACGCACAGACCCACCUCACUCUCCUCGCUCUCCUCCUCCCCAGCUGCACGGGCAACUAGCAGAGCCGCUGUUAGCACCAGCCCUGCGGUUACAAGGCAGCUUAGUUCACCACGUGCAUUUUCCGGGCAGCCGUCAGCCAAUCACAGCCCUCAUGCUCGCCUUUCUGCCCAGGAGUCACCUUCUGGCCGGGGCUUUUCCGAACCAGCAAGAGCCAUGCGGAUGGAGGCUCGGGGGCAGGUUCGGGAGCAGGCCAGGGGUUCGCCCGGAGCAGGCAUCCUGAAUAUAGUUGACCAUAGAGGGGGGUUUGUGGGUGCAGAGGAGACGUGGGAGGGUGGGACAGAGAUUGGGAGUGGGAGAGUGGAGGAGGAGAAAGUGGAGAGGAAGAGAGAGAUACGGACGACCAUGAGGAGGAGGAGAACCACGGAAAGAGGAGGAGAGAUUCUGACAGGGGAAGAGGGAGAGGGAACGGCGGGGAUGCAGAGCAGGAUGGGGAGUGGAAUAGGGACAGAAGUAAAGGCUAUGGCAGGGGUGGAGGUGGAGGAAACGACAGGAGGCAGGCUGAUGGAUUGGGUGGGGGGAGCAAGAGCAGUCGUGCGCUGA